AGGCUGCCUAAGGUCAUCAUCUAAAAAUAGUGUAAAAGAUCCUUCAUUCUCGUAGUGUUAUGGAAAAUGGCAGAUGAUUUAACAGUUCAUAUUCGUGGAUCCGACCGUUUCAAUCCAAUUACAUAUCAGGGUAUUAAUAGAUCUUUUCAAGCAAUUAGCGUAGCAAUCUCUGUAGUACCUGCUCUGGAUACAAAUUAACAAAAACCCAUCUGCUGCUUAUAAUUCGAUAACUCACGGUACAACCAUCAGCAGACUGAUUUCUGAAGAUUCCGCGCCAGACGAAGUACCACUGAUAAUGCACGAGGACGGAUUUGAGAGUGAAAAUGAGAGCCUUACUCGUAAAGGUGUGAAGAAACAGGGAUGCCUUGCCCGCCUCUUCUGCUGUAGCUGGAAAUGUUGUUGCAGCUGCUGUAUAGCAAUACACAGAUGUUUCACAAGGAGCAAAGAGUUGCAACCAAGGACUGUGUGGCUAGGUCGCAAAGGACCCCACGAAGAAAAUUAUGCUGCAAACAAGAUUCGCAAUCAAAAAUACAAUAUAAUCACAUUUUUACCAGUGGUAUUAUUCAACCAAUUCAAGUUUUUCCUGAAUUUUUACUUCCUUCUUGUUGCUUUAUCACAAUUUGUACCGUCGCUUAGGAUUGGAUAUCUAUAUACAUAUUGGGCUCCAUUGGGUUUUGUUAUAUUUGUUACCGUGUGUCGAGAAGCACUAGACGAUUUACGUAGGUACCGGCGGGAUAAGGAAGUCAACUCACAAAAAUAUAAAAAGUUAACUCCCAAUGGAAUCGUGGAAGUUCCAAGCUCAGACAUUCAAGUGUCAGAUCUUAUAUAUGUAGAGAAGAAUCAACGUGUACCUGCUGAUAUGAUAUUCGUAAGAACAACUGAAAAAACAGGUGCUUGUUUUAUAAGGACAGAUCAAUUAGAUGGUGAGACAGACUGGAAAUUAAGGCUAGCUGUCAGUCAAUGUCAAAGGUUACCAAAAGAUGAGGACUUGUUUGACAUUGAAGCAAAUGUGUUUGCUGAGAAACCACAGAAAGCAAUACAUAGUUUUGUUGGCACGUUCUCUCGUGUGGACGGCGUGAAACAACAAGACCCCUUAGGCAUUGAAAAUACGUUGUGGGCUAAUACUGUUGUUGCCUCAGGUACUGCUCUUGGGUUGGUUAUAUACACUGGCCGGGAAAGCAGAGCCGUUAUGAACACCUCCUACCCCCACUCCAAGGUGGGUCUCAUAGACGAGGAGCUGAACAACCAAACCAAAGUGCUUUUUAUUGGAACCUUGGUCUUGUCCAUUGUAAUGAUUGCUCUAAAGGGAUUUGAUGGCCCAUGGUACCGCUAUUUUUUGCGAUACGUCCUCUUGUUCUCCUCCAUCAUUCCGCUUAGUUUGCGUGUCAAUCUGGAUAUGGGUAAAAUUGUAUACUCUUUCCUAAUACAAAGAGAUAAAGAAAUACCAGACACGGUGGUGAGAACGACGACUAUACCAGAAGAAUUGGGUCGUGUUUCCUAUUUACUCAGUGACAAGACAGGAACACUCACCGAAAAUGCAAUGAUUUUUAAGAAACUUCAUCUUGGUACAGUUGCCUUUGGUCAAGAAUCCAUGGACGAGAUGUGUGCGCAUUUAUUAACUGCUUUUUCCCAGUCAAAACAUGGCACAGGAACCCCGGGGGCAACCCCUGCCAAAAGAUCAACGACAAGGCGGACUGUGGUGACUCGAUGCUACGAAGCAGUUAAGGCCUUAGCGUUGUGUCACAAUGUGACUCCGGUAUACGAAGAUGAAGAUGAUUCCGAGACAGUAGAAGCUGACAGAGACCAAAAUGUGAACGUUGUUUACCAAGCUGCCAGUCCAGAUGAGGUUGCUCUGGUGUCAUGGACAGAGAGUGUGGGCGUGGCCCUAGUGAAGCGUGACCUAACGACCAUGCAGUUGCGUACGCCCCAAGGAGAGCUCAUGCUCUACACUAUCCUUCAGAUCUUCCCGUUCACCUCCGAGAGUAAACGUAUGGGAAUUAUCGUCAGGGAGGAGAAAACUGGUCAGAUUUUGUUUUACAUGAAGGGUGCUGAUACUGUGAUGUCAACCAUUGUGCAGUAUAAUGAUUGGCUAGAUGAAGAGUGUGGAAACAUGGCAAGGGAAGGCCUUCGAACUUUGGUUGUAGGAAAGAAGAAACUAACUGAAGACCAGUAUAAUGAUUUUGAAAGUCGUUACAAUCAUGCAAAGCUAAGCAUGGUAGAUCGUGGAAGUAAGGUGGCAGCCGUGAUAGAAAGCCUCGAGAGGGACAUGGAACUACUAUGCCUUACAGGGGUGGAAGACAGGCUUCAACAGGAUGUUAGGCCAACACUUGAACUACUCCGUAAUGCUGGCAUUAAAAUUUGGAUGUUGACCGGAGAUAAGUUAGAAACAGCAACAUGCAUUGCAAAAAGUUCUCGUCUUGUUGGGCGUACGCAUGAUAUAUACACAUUCAAGAAUAUAGCCAACAGAGCAGAAGCACAUCUUGAACUAAACGCCUUCCGUAAGAAGAACGAUAGUGCUCUUAUCAUCCUUGGCGACUCCCUUGAUGUUUGUUUACGAUAUUAUGAACAUGAAUUCAUGGAGUUAGCUGUACAGUGUCCUGCAGUGGUCGUCUGUCGCUGUUCUCCAACACAAAAAGCCGGCAUCGUCAACUUGAUACGAACACACACAGGCAAAAGAACUUGUGCAAUAGGUGAUGGUGGAAAUGAUGUCAGUAUGAUCCAAGCAGCUAAUGUUGGUAUUGGUAUCGUUGGAAAGGAAGGGAAACAGGCGUCACUGGCUGCCGACUUCUCCAUCACGCAAUUCAAGCACGUGGGACCACUAUUGAUAGUUCAUGGACGCAAUAGUUACAAGCGUUCGGCUGCUCUUAGUCAUUUCGUGAUGCAUCGUGGCUUGAUCAUCUCAACAAUGCAGGCCAUUUUCUCGUCCGUAUUUUAUUUCUCAUCUGUUGCACUUUAUCAGGGAAUUUUGACAGUUGGAUAUGUGACGGCUUACACUAUGCUACCCGUGUUUCUACUUGUACUCGACCAAGAUGUUACACCAGAAACAGCUAUGCUCUACCCGGAAUUGUAUAAAGAUUUAUUAAAGGGUCGGGAGUUAUCAUUCAAAAUGUUCUUUGUUUGGGUGUUGAUCAGUAUAUUUCAAGGGGGUGCCAUCAUGUAUGGCGCUCUCUGGCUGUUCAGUGGGGAGUUCAUUCACAUCGUUGCGAUCUCUUUCACAUCGCUAAUCAUCACCGAGUUAUUAAUGGUUGCGUUGACGAUACGCACGUGGCAUUGGCUGAUGGUGGUAGCUGAAUUACUAAGUUUGUGUAUCUACGUCGCUUCCUUAUUUAUAUUCGAUGAAUACUUUGAUCGUGAAUUCAUCACAACCUGGCCGUUCUGGUGGAAAGUGACCGUGAUAACCUUGUUCAGUUGCGUACCGCUCUACAUUCUUAAGUACCUUCGUAAGAAGUUCAGUCCGCCAAGUUACUCCAAGCUCUCAGAGUGAUGAGCAAUUUUUAGCGGCUGUAGAACAACAGCUACGAUGGAGCCAUGAUGUUUCUGAAAAGUUAAUCUGAUUAAUUAAUUUUUUUUAUGUCUGCAAUUUUCUUUGUGGUGAGAAAUCUAUUUAUUUAGGCAUGAAAUUACGUACAAAAUUGAAAAUGCAGCCAACAGGCUGAAAUUACAUGUAUAGACCUAGUAAUAUUUAAGCCUAAUAGUAAUUAGGUAAUUGGAUGUGCAAUCGUUAGCAAAAAAAUGUUUAAUUAUUCCUCAUCUAGCUGGCCUAACGAUAAACAAUGAUAAUCUACUGUUUGAAUCAACACUUGGUGUUGCUAUGACCAUAUACAGUCUUGUGUAUGGGUUUUGUAAGCCUUGAUUUUACAAAAUAUGAACUUCCUUAAUUCACAUGUGAAGUUGAAUUUGUCUUGUCUGUAGGUUUCAUUGUUUAUCUGUUUGAAUAAAAAUAUUUUCGUGUAAAAGUCUUCCUUGUCGGAAGUUAAACUAAUCACUCUGAAAUUCAAGGACUUGAAAACUAGUGCUAGCAUUUUAUAAACCUUGGUAAACUCUCAAAUAGACAGGGGCCAGCUUUAUGAGAAUCUUGGCAAGCACUGAAAAUCCAAGGCUAGCCUAUUCAGAACCAGGGCUAGAAUUUUGAUUAGCAAUAGAGAACCAGGGCCAGUAAUUCCAAGAACUAGGGACCAGCAUUCUAGGGGCCUACCAAUAUCUCUGAACCUGGGACUAGCACUGUUGGAGCUAGGGGGAGCAUUCAAAGAGCAUGAGCUAGCAUUUUUAAGAUCAAAAAAUAAAUAAAAUUGGGGCCUUUUUUUUAAUUGAUAGUGGGAGUGCAUAGACCAUGUGGAUUUAUGGGAGAAUCCUGUGACCCCUGUGACCCACAGGAGAGUUAUAUAGAGCAUCACAUCCUUUAACUGACAAGUUGCUCAUAUUUGGAUGAUAAAUGGAAUAAAUCCCAUCAAUUAUUAUUUUAUUCUCUUAUUUCCUUAUUCUUUAAAACUGACAAAAAAUACAUGUAAAUGAUAAUUUUUACUUUCGCUGUAGAUAUAAUAUAUAUACAUAUUUAAGAACGAUGGUAGAUAUUUUGUUAUGUUUAUUGGAGUAUUUUUUAUGUACAGGGACUCUAAUAAAAUUUUGUCUUGUGGAAGAUUUUUUUCAUAGGGAGAUUAAAUCAAAUUAGAAAAAAAAAUGAUUUGUCCUUUUAGGUAUUUAAUAGAUUGAAAUGGUCUGAUGGUAAAGGUAGCAAGUUUUUCCGUGUUUACUGAUAUACCUUUACAGAAACAGUAAUGAAAAACCAAACAUUGUCCGGUGUGUUUAACAAAAAUCUGAUAUUAUAUGUCGCUGUCUGGGUAAAGCACACACAAAAUAUUGACUUUAUGUGUAUAUAUAGCUAGGUGCAACUGAAUGUAAAAUGUUCUUAUGCUGAAUACAUAGUCACACUUUGAGAGAUUGGCUAUUGCAGAGUUCUCUGUAAAUACACUGUGUAAUAAAAUACAUACUUAUCAUAUGUAUUUCUGAUUAAAUAUCUUAUGGAGUAGUCAUAAGAUUCAUAUAGCACUAGAGGAAAUACUAGUUGGAAAUUAGGCAGCUCUGCAACCUUGUGUAACAUGUAACACCCGUUAUUCAUGCAAUGUAAGGUUUACAGACCAGAGAAAUCUUGGACCAGUCUCCACUGUCUGUUGCAAUCUGUUUUACAAACUUUUUUUACUACAGUGCUCAAGUUUUUGGUUUCUGAAAAGUUAACACCUUGCUUAACGGUAUAGUUUAUGAAAAUUGUCGACUAAUGAAUUGUACAUGUUUCAGUGAAUAUUUGCUCUUUAUUCUAAAUCUUAUUAUUUAUUGUUUUGUUAUUUUAUUUUUUUAUUAUAUUUAUUAUUUAUUGUUCAUUUUUUAAUUCAAUAUUUACUAAAUGUUUGUUUAUUUUUUAUUUUUCAAUUAUUUAGGCCUAGUUUAAAUUACUUUCCAUAUUUUAGUGUUACAAUAUUCAUUCUGUACAAAUUCAUUUGCUGGAAAAAUGAAUAUUAUGAGAUUGGCUAACAAAAUGAAUUGCUCCGAUCAGUCAGUCUGUCAUUUCAAGGCCACUGGCCAUUUUUUUACACUUGUAAUAAAUUACUAAGCAUUUUAAUAAAAAUAACAAGCACAUUAGAAGCAUUAUCCAUUAAUGUUGUGAUUUUAUAAGUCAUAUGGGAAAACAUAUUUCCCCCUAAAAUUUUACAUUACCCCUCAUUUUCGCCCACUAGCACUGCCACUGCAUGUAAGCUCACUCCCUACUUUAUAUCCUUAUACUGUCGUCCUGAAAUUUAACUUUUUAUUAUAUAUAAUUACUGUAAUUUGGUAUGCAAUAUUUUGCAAUAAUUCCAGGGAUUCUAGUUUCAUUCUAAACUUUGAAUUAAAUAAUUGAAUAUUAAUUAUGAUAUACAACCUAAUUAAAGUUAUGUUCUGUACAUUGUUGGAUUUAUUGUAAUUUAGGAGUCACUAAAAUGCAUAUUAAGAUUUAAGUAUAUAUAUAUUAUAUUUUAGAUAUUAAUAUUUGCACGACUAGGAAUACUCGCCAGGGAGUGAUGGAGGUUAAACUUUGUGAGUGGCUAUUAAAUAAUCCUGUGACAAGGGGGUACUAAUUACUGAUAAGUACUGAUAUAGAU